CUCUCCUCUCGACAGCAUCCCUUUCCUACCCCGGCUUCAGCGGGCCCUGGGGAGAGCCUGUAUUUUUCUUCCGUUUCUCCCGGGCAUCCGCACACGAGGGGGACAGCGUGGCGGCCGUCGUUCCCUCGUGCCGCCACCCCGCCCCCCUUCGACCUCUCUAUUUCUACUACUAAUUUCUUUCUCUUCCAUCUCUCCGUAAAACCAUCGACAGGGACACUCGGACACAUCCAGACCGGCAUUGUCGGCAUCGCUUGCUAGUAGUUAGCCAUCCACAACGUGGGGUUGAAGAGAACCAUCCUGGAAGCUUUGAGCACUGCUCUGUUCUGACCCAAAGACCAACGGAGGCGGCCGGAAAUCAUAGAUAGAUAACCCCAUAUAGAGAUUGAGUAGAGAUACCCAAGCGGGUUGAAGAGGAUCCUUCCCCCUUUUUCCAUCUCUCCUCCUCCCCUAGAUUCAUUCUAUUUCCAGUCGCAGUCCAGGAUGGGGGGGCGGAGGAGCGGCGAGCGGCGCGGCCGAUCGCGUCCUGAUCCAACAAGCGGUGCCGGCGCCAAGCCCGAGCCGACGACUGCCGGACUUCCUCCAGAGCGUGAAUCUCAAGUAUGUGAAAUUGGGGUAUCAUUAUCUGAUCACCCACCUGUUGACCCUGUUGUUGAUUCCCCUGAUGGCGAUGAUCCUGGUGGAGGCCGGCCGCAGCGACCCGGACGGCAUCCGGCAGCUCUGGGUCCACCUCCAGUAUAACCUGGUGAGCGUCCUCGUCUGCUCCGCCUUCCUGGUCUUCGGCAGCACCGUCUACAUCAUGACCCGGCCCCGCCCGGUGUACCUCGUCGACUACGCCUGCUACCGGCCCCCCGACCGCCUCCAGGUCCGCUACCGCAGCUUCAUGGAGCACUCCCGCCUCUGCGGCGAAUUCAACGAGGACGCCCUCGAGUUCCAGCGCAAGAUCCUGGAGCGCUCCGGCCUCGGCGAGGAGACCUAUGUCCCCGAGGCCAUGCACUUCUUGCCGCCCCGCCCCUCGAUGGCCAACGCCCGCGAGGAGGCCCAGCAGGUCAUGUUCGGCGCCCUCGACGCCCUCUUCCGCAACACCGGCGUCAAGCCCAAGGACAUCAGCAUCCUCGUCGUCAAUUGCAGCCUCUUCAACCCCACCCCUUCUCUCUCUGCCAUGAUCGUCAACCACUACAAGCUCCGCAGCAACAUCAAGAGCUUCAACCUCGGCGGCAUGGGCUGCAGCGCCGGCGUCAUCGCCGUCGACCUCGCCCGCGACCUCCUCCAGGCUCACCGCAGCACCUACGCCGUCGUCGUCAGCACCGAGAACAUCACCCAGAACUGGUACUUCGGCAACCGCAAGUCCAUGCUCAUCCCCAACUGCCUCUUCCGCGUCGGUGGCGCCGCCGUGCUCCUCUCCAACCGCUCCGCCGACCGCCGCCGUUCCAAGUACAGGCUCGUCCACGUCGUGCGCACCCACCGUGGGGCCGAUGACAGGGCCUUCCGCUGCGUGUACCAGGAGCAGGAUGACCAAGGCAAGGUCGGCGUCUCGCUCUCCAAGGAUCUCAUGGCCAUCGCUGGAGGGGCGCUCAAGACCAACAUCACCACGCUCGGCCCCCUGGUGCUCCCCAUCAGCGAGCAGCUCCUCUUCUUUGCCACCCUCGUCGCCAAGAAACUCUUCAAUGCCAAGGUUAAGCCAUACAUCCCGGAUUUCAAGCUCGCGUUCGACCAUUUCUGCAUCCAUGCGGGGGGGCGCGCUGUGAUCGAUGAGCUCGAAAAGAACCUGCAGCUCACGCCAGUCCAUGUGGAGCCCUCUCGGAUGACCCUGCACCGGUUCGGCAACACAUCCUCCAGCUCCAUUUGGUAUGAGCUCGCCUACAUCGAGGCUAAGGGGCGGAUGCGGAGGGGCCACCGGGUGUGGCAGAUUGCUUUUGGGAGCGGCUUCAAGUGCAACAGCGCCGUGUGGCAGGCUCUUCGCAAUGUGAAGCCUUCUCCCAACAGCCCAUGGGAGGACUGCAUCGAUAGGUACCCUGUGCAAUUAGUGGAUGGUUUUCCUGCUUCACAGCCGCAGCAAUAAUGGUGGCUGGCUGUGUCUCUGUCGAAAUUAAGCUGAUUGAUUGUGGGGUUCUAAGAACACGAUUGGGUUAUUCUUCUUUAAGAUCUUGUCUCUCUGCUAUUCAAUCUGUUAAUGAUGAGAGUCAUAAGAUUGGCUGUCUUUGGUGUAUCUGUGCAAGCACUUUAAAUUAUUGGAUUUCUGUUCUUGUACUUUAAUGGUGUGAAAGUUUUCAGGCACCAUGACCUCAUGUGCUCUCAGGUAAAAUGUCAUUGUCACUUAUUCUUUAAAUUAUGACUAGCUUCCU